AUGUCGGACAAGAACGACCUACCGGAAAGUGAACGAGCAUUAUUGCGUGGGAAGAGUUUCAAGACGCAGUACUUCGGUCCCAGCCACGGAGCAAGCAUAUUACUCCAGUUUGAGGAGCUAUCUCGCUUCGUGAAGGACAUCCUAAACCGGCUGCCGACGCUCGAAAAGAAUAAAAAUAUUUGGAAACACCAACGUAAGGAGCUCAAUCCCAACCUGAUACUGCCAGACUUCGACACCCUGAUAGUCAUGCUUCCGGAACAGACUCGAGCAGACGCUCUUGUGCAGGAUUACUUCGAGACGUUGGAAACAACGUACCGCGUCCUGCAUGCCCCCACAUUCUUCCGGAAGUACAAAGAACUCUGGGCCGCAUCUCUCAACAGAGACUCCUCGGUGUUUUUGGUCCAAUUGCUACUAGUGUGCGCCAGCGUCAAUUGCGCGGUGGCAGGCGGUCCUUCGGGGUUCAAGGGUCGAAGCAGUGUGGGCCGUGACACAGCUGUGAAGUGGAUCGAGGUGUGUGAGGGCUGGCUCGAUCUCCAGAGCCAGAAACAUAUGACGCUGGAGGUUUUCCAAGUGCGAGUGCUGCUUGUCAUUGCUAAGAAGUUGAACUGUGUAAAAAUAAAACGGGAAUGGACCGUGUCUGGGCAACUGUUGCGUGAGGCCAUGUCAUCAGGUCUGCACCGCGAGCCCGCCUUCCUUAGCAACAAAAUCUCAGUAUUCGACCAAGAGAUGCGCCGGCGGCUGUGGUUCACAAUCUUGGAACUCGACCUCCAAAACAGCCUCGAUCGAGGCAUGGGCGCCAGCAUUGGUCCGUUUGACUGGGACACGCUCCCACCUCUCAAUCUUCAUGAUGAAGACUUUGACGAAAAUACCGAAAAGAUGCCUCCUGCCAGGCCAAUAACAGAAUUUACCCGGACCUCAUUUCUCUGCUUGGCUCAGCAACACAUACCUCUUCGACUGGAGAUCAUAUCGACGAUAAACAGCAUACGCGUUUCGCUAGAGAAAGACACGGCCGUUGAGCUUGACCAGAGGAUUCGACAGAUCCUCGAUACCCUUCCUGAAUGGAAUGAGAGUGCGGCAAACCCCAUAUCGAAAGAUCUGUCGGAGCUGUUGCUCUAUGAGUUUCUCCUGCUCAUCCACCAACCAUUUGCAACGCAGGCAGACACCCAGGCCAAACACUUCUACUCGCGCGUCGCUCGGCGGAAUGCCGCGUUGGUCACCAUGAAGAUAUUUACUGACAUGCGGCCCAGUAGUGGGAUGAUCAUGUGCAAUCUUCGAGACGGUUUAUUUCGAGCUUGCCUGACAACUUGCCAUGAUAUUGUUGUCCCCGUCAACUCGAAGGAAGACCUCAUGCAGGACCGAAGCACCGCAGUACGACUAGUUGAAGACAGCGUCAACCUGAUGGAAGACCGCAUACGCAGUCUCGGCCAGGGGUUUCACUCAUACUGGCUUGCCGCCAGCGCCCUCGGUCUGCUGCGUUCCGAGCCCGCUGAUAAAUCCGCCCAAGAGACUGCUGACCGGGUGGCCAAGCUGCACGACUAUAUGGUCUCGCAGCAGAUUGCUCCGCUGGAAGGCGCCAAGGGUGUGGAAGACGCCACAAUGAGCACAGCGAACACCUUGGUUGGAAUGAGUGGACAACCUACUCCGGCCUUACCAGAGUUGGAUCCGUUUGUAACGACGACAGAUCCAUUUAGUGCAUUUUCCGAGACUCUGUUUGAUUUUGACAUCACAGACCUCUGGUCCAUGGGAGGCAUGGGUGUAGGAACUCAUUACUGA